ACCCAGACAGCUGGCAAUCUUUUAAUAAAAAUUGGUGAUUAAUGGAUCUGCUUCUUGCAUGCAAAAUUUUCACCGUUUGUGCCUUAUUUUUGUUUUUGUAUUAUGUACAUUUCAUCAUCCAAGGGUGGUCCUUCGGAUCUGCAUUUCCGUAUACACUUAUCAUUCAACGCCAUCCACAUGGCGUUAUCCCAGACGCCCUGGAUGUCCCAAUUCCCAGUUCCUUCUCGUCCAAAUGGUUUGACGACUGGUUCGCUAACUACAGCCAACACGCUGCCGGUAUCGACCGAUGGACCGGCUACUUUCGCGCCUACACCCACCACUUCCAUCACUAUCGUGGUCAUCCCGUCCAUUUCCUAGAGAUCGGCGUUCAGAGCGGCGGAUCCAUUAAUAUGUGGCGCGACUACUUCGGCGCUGGGCUGAUGUACUAUGGUCUGGAUAUUGAUCAGCGGUGUCGGCGGUUUACACGGGAAAAUGUUACGAUUUUCAUCGGGGAUCAAGGCAAUGCCGACACCUUGCGGAAUUUUAGCCGGCAAUGGCCGCCGUUUGAUAUCAUUCUCGAUGACGGUGGACAUUCGACGCAACAACAACUGGUGUCGUUUGAGAUUUUAUUUCCCUUAGUUAAAAUGGGAGGAGUGUAUGUUAUCGAGGAUCUGCAUACUAGUUACUGGAAGGAGUAUGGCGGCUCAUCAGAACGGCAUGCCGACACAAUGAUCGAGCGGACCAAGAUGUGGAUUGAUGUGCUAAACUUGCAGCAUAACCGUAAUGCGGCGUUUCGUAACAACUCACAGAACUCGGAAUUGCAUGGUCUCAUGGAUAGCUUGCAUUUUUAUGACAGUAUGGUUUUUAUUGUUAAGAACACUGUUCUUCCUAGCAAUCGGUUACGAAAAGGUGGUCGCUGGAUCGGCCGGAAGUAA